CAGGCCGUCGGCACUAUGAGCGUCAGUGUGGAGCCGCUGAGGCGGCGCCCCGGGGUCGGCGUCGGAGUGGUUGUGACCAGCUACAAGCAUCCUCGAUGCGUCCUGUUGGGCAAGAGGAAAGGCUCCUUUGGAGCCGGCAGUUUCCAGCUUCCUGGGGGACACUUGGAGUUCGGGGAGACUUGGGAAGAAUGUGCUCGAAGGGAAACCUGGGAAGAAGCUGCUCUUCACCUGGAAAAUGUCCGCUUUGCUUCAGUGGUCAAUUCAUUUGUGGAGAAAGAGAAUUACCAUUAUGUCACUAUACUGAUGAAAGGAGAAGUCAAUAGGACCCAAGACCCAGAACCCAAGAAUGUAGAACCUGAAAAAAAUGAAAGUUGGGAGUGGGUUCCGUGGGAAGAAUUCCCUCCUCCAGACCAGCUUUUCUGGGCACUCCGCUGUUUGAAGGAACAAGGCUACAAUCCAUUUACAGAAGAGCUGAAUCAUCUGGAAGGAUACAAAGGAAACCAUCUCCAGCUGACCAAAAAGAUUCUUUGAAUCUUUUUGAAUUUUUUGACUCUUCUUGGAUCUCAAAAUGUGAUCUGAGAUUCCCAGGAGACUUUCAGGGUAUCAAGGCCUGAAGCUGUUUUUCAGGCAUGUAACUUUUUUUUUUUCAUUCUCUGAUGAAUGUACAGAGAUUUCCAGAGCUUGUCUGCCUGCAUAGUAUUGUAACAGAGCAAAUGCAAAAGCAGAUAUGAGAAUCAGCUGUCAGAACUAGUCAGACACAAAACUGUACAACCAUAAUACCCCCCUCACUGAUGAACUUUUUUGUUUUAGAAAAAGUUAGUUUUCAGAAAAAUUAGGUUCACGUACUGGUUUUGGUUAAUAAAAAUUUCAGGUUUUUUCACGGA